CGAGAGCUACGGCCCCGCGCCUGCCCGGCCUGCGGUGUCCGUGCCAGUCCUGGCGCGAGCCACCGCCCGUGCGCCACCAUGUCGGCGCCCUCGGAGGAGGAGGAGUACGCGCGGCUGGUGAUGGAGGCGCAGCCCGAGUGGCUGCGCGCCGAGGUGAAGAGGCUCUCCCACGAGCUGGCCGAGACCACGCGCGAGAAGAUACAGGCGGCCGAGUACGGGCUGGCGGUGCUGGAGGAGAAGCACCAGCUGAAGCUGCAGUUCGAGGAGCUCGAGGUGGACUAUGAGGCCAUCCGCGGCGAGAUGGAGCAGCUCAAAGAGGCGUUUGGACAGGCACACACAAACCACAAGAAGGUGGCGGCGGAUGGCGAGAGCCGGGAGGAGAGUCUGAUCCAGGAGUCGGCCUCCAAGGAGCAAUACUACGUGAGGAAAGUGCUGGAACUGCAGACGGAGCUGAAGCAGCUGCGCAACGUCUUAACCAACACUCAGUCGGAGAACGAGCGGCUCACCUCAGUGGCCCAGGAGCUGAAGGAGAUCAACCAGAACGUGGAGAUACAGCGAGGCCGCCUGCGGGAUGACAUCAAGGAGUACAAGUUCCGGGAGGCCCGCCUGUUGCAGGACUACUCGGAGCUGGAGGAAGAGAACAUCUGCCUGCAGAAGCAGGUGUCUGUGCUCAGGCAGAACCAGGUGGAAUUCGAGGGCCUCAAGCAUGAGAUUAAGCGACUGGAAGAAGAGACUGAGUAUCUUAACAGCCAACUGGAGGACGCCAUCCGGCUCAAGGAGAUCUCAGAGCGGCAGCUGGAGGAGGCACUGGAGACGCUCAAGACAGAGCGGGAGCAGAAGAACAGCCUGCGCAAGGAGCUGUCACACUACAUGAGCAUCAAUGACUCGCUCUACACCAGCCACCUGCACGUCUCCCUCGAUGGCCUCAAGUUCAGUGAUGACGCUGCUGCCGCCACCACAGAGCCCAACAACGAUGCUGAGGCCCUGGUCAAUGGCCUGGAGCAUGGCCUGGCCAAGCUGCCACUCGACAAUAAGACUUCCACACCCAGAAAGGAUGGGCUCCCACCACCCUCUCCCAGCCUGGUCUCCGACCUCCUCAGUGAGCUGAACAUUUCCGAGAUCCAGAAGCUGAAACAGCAGCUGAUGCAGAUGGAGCGAGAGAAGGUGAACCUGCUGGCAACACUGCAGGACACACAAAAGCAGCUGGAGCAGGCGCGUGGGGCCCUGUCAGAGCAGCACGAGAAGGUGAGCCGGCUCACAGAGAACCUGAGUGCCCUGCGGCGCCUACAGGCCGGCAAGGAGCGGCAGACAGCCCUGGACAACGAAAAGGACCGGGACAGCCAUGAGGACGGUGACUACUAUGAGGUGGACAUCAACGGGCCCGAGAUCCUGGCCUGCAAGUACCAUGUGGCCGUGGCUGAGGCGGCUGAGCUCCGGGAACAGCUGAAGGCACUGCGUAGCGUGCACGAGGCCAGUGAGGCCCAGCAUGCUGAGGAGAAGAGCCGCCAUGAAGCCGAGGGCCAGGUGCUCACGGAGAAGCUCGCCCUGCUAGAGAAGGCCAGCCGGCAGGACCGCGACCUGCUGGCUCGGCUAGAGAAGGAACUCAAGAAUGUGAGCGACGUGGCCGGCGAGACUCAGGGCAGCCUGAGCGUGGCCCAGGAUGAGCUGGUGACUUUCAGUGAGGAGCUGGCCAACCUCUACCACCACGUCUGCAUGUGCAACAAUGAGACACCCAACCGUGUUAUGCUGGACUACUACCGCGAGGGCCAGGGCGGGGCCGGCCGUGCCAGCCCUGAGGGCCGCGGCCACCGCUCUCCCGUCCUCCUGCCCAAGGGGCUGCUGGCCACGGAGCUGGGCAGAGCGGAGGGUGGGAGCGGGGAGAGCAGCCCUUCACCCGGCUCCUCGCUGCCGUCACCCCUGAGCGACCCGCGCCGCGAGCCCAUGAACAUCUACAACCUGAUCGCUAUUAUCCGUGACCAGAUCAAGCACCUGCAGGCAGCUGUGGACCGCACCACCGAGCUGUCACGGCAGCGCAUCGCCUCGCAGGAGCUGGGCCCUGCUGUGGAUAAGGACAAGGAGGCACUGAUGGAAGAGAUCCUGAAGCUCAAGUCGCUGCUCAGCACCAAGCGUGAGCAGAUCACCACACUGCGGACCGUGCUGAAGGCCAACAAGCAGACAGCUGAGGUGGCCCUGGCCAACCUGAAGAGCAAGUACGAGAACGAGAAGGCAAUGGUGACUGAGACCAUGAUGAAGCUGCGCAAUGAGCUCAAGGCGCUAAAAGAGGACGCUGCCACCUUCUCCUCACUGCGUGCCAUGUUCGCCACCAGGUGUGAUGAGUACAUCACGCAGCUGGAUGAGAUGCAGCGGCAGCUGGCGGCCGCCGAGGAUGAGAAGAAGACACUCAACUCGCUGCUGCGCAUGGCCAUCCAGCAGAAGCUGGCAUUGACCCAGCGGCUGGAGCUGCUCGAGCUGGACCAUGAGCAGGCCCGGCGUGGCCGCACCAAGGCCACCCCCAAGGCCAAGCCCAGCACCCCGAGUGUAAGUCACACCUGCGCCUGCGCCAGUGACAGGGCCGAGGGCUCUGGCCUCUCCACUCAGGUGUUCUGCAGUGAAAAAUAUAACAUUUACUGUGACUAGGGCUGCGGGCACCGCACACUGCAGCUAACGCUCCGCGCCACCUGUCCGCUUCGCCCCCACUAACUCUCUCACGGGAAGGUCUCUGACCGCGUCACAUGGGCACAGCACGUUGGCCUGCCGGACCCUCGGGCCUGUUCUGUGUCUGCUCUUCAUCGUCUCAUUGCUCACAGGACGCUCCCAUUAGUAACAGCUGCCCUUUUAGGAGGGGCCAGAGCUGCAGAAAACAGACGUGAGAAAGGGGUUUCCCGGCAGCACAGUUGCCAUGGAAAGAACCCGAGGCAAGGAAGUCUUGAUCCGGCCUCCUUGCUCAGCACCCGCAGGGGAGCACAGGGCCUGAGUUGGACACUUCCAUGCCCUGGCAUGUGUGCCAUGCAGUUGUCCUGCCCUGCAUCCCUGCCCCCUCCCCCGCAAGCUGGAGCAACUGCAGCAGCUGACUCUGUGCGUGGCUGGUUUAUGGAACUACUUUGUAGCCUGUGCCACAUCUCACUGCACAUCCCACUCACGACAGAAGUGCAGAAUCACACCCCAAACCCAGGGACAGAGCUGCCGUGAGCUCCCCACACCUCCAGGCCUGGACACCCAUGUGUGGCUGGGGAGCCGAUAAAUGUGUCAGCCCAGGCUCAGCUGAUCUAGUCCAGGACACCUGACCUGGCCGCUCAUCCCCAUCUGAGGUCUACACCUAUCUGGGUCUGCAAGUGGGUAGGAAGGUAGCCAACAGGAACCAUUGUUGCAAUGAAAAAAGCUUUCCAAGUGCCUGGCCAGGGCCUUUGUAUCCAGUGCGAAGCCCCACCCUUUUGUAUGGUGGUAGGUUUCCCUGCUGUCCGCCCCUCCCGACAGGCCAGCAUCUAGGGCUGCAGUGCCCUGUGCACACCCACCCACCCACAGCACAUCACUUCUUCCCAGGUGACAUCACACCUGAGAAACAGGGCCUUGAACCCAUAGCCUGAAGUCUGAGCAUCCUGAGCUCAGCUGAGUUGAAAGACCUUCACAGCUGCUGGCAAGAGCCCAGCUGGGGCUACUCUCAAAGGCUUUGAGUGGGACCGGGUCCCGGGAUGCAUGGGCAGCAGCGUGGCUUCCUUUGUGCAAUGUGGGGGGUGGGCAGGAGUUAGGCCAUAAAAUGAGAAGUCACCAUGGGACCUGUGGCUCUCCGUUAGUUAGCAGAGGCAUUGUCUGCACUGUGUUGGGCGUCCUGAGUUUACGCUUCCUGGCGAGAACUUCUCUCAGUAUUUCUCUUCCUGACCACCCUGUGGGGUCAGCUGGACGAGAGGCUGCACCUUCUCCACCUAAGCGCUCCUUACCUGUCGGAAGUCAGGGGCACUUUUCUGCAGAAGGGGAAUUCACACUAUCUGACGAGAGACUGCCUGGCCCACUCUCACAAAGGCGUUUGCCCUGCUUUACUCUAUCCUAUGGUUCUGGAGUGUGCCUGAGUCCCCACCAAACCCCAACUGCUGCAGACGGGUUUCGCCUUGGGCUGUACCCACAGCAGCCUGGAAUGACGGAGGGGUGGGCCCCGCAGGUGUCCCACUGGUAUCCGGGCUCACGGUGGGCCUUGGAGUGCCUCUCGUCCUUCAGAAAGGUCGCACGUCCCCUGCCUGGUGAGGAGGACUCCCUGCCCUGCGUGUGUCACCGCAUGCCCGUCUGCACCCUCAGCUCUGUCCCCUACUGCAGCAGCUCCUUUCAGUGCUUUGUCAGGGUCUUUGUGCAGCCCCACUGCAGAGCAUGGCCACAGCUAACACACCCAGGUUUCUGCUCAGCCAGUAACUCACCCUGCAUGCUCACAGCAGCACCAGGACUUGGAGAUGUGGGAUGAGCAGGCAUGACGAGUGACUGGUUUUCUAAUGGCAUCUUGUUUUCUCCUGUUUGCAGCUGUAGAGUAGUGGCUGAGAGGACUCGGCUGCCUGGCCCUGUCGCCUUGCAGCUCCUUUCCUCCCCUCGUGGUUGCGGCUGGAGGAAUGUGGGCCACCCACACGGAGGAAGGAAAGGCAACCUAAAUCCCACUUAGCAAUGUCUUUGGAUAUGUCACUGCAAUUUUUUUCAAAACAGCAUUCCCCAGGUUUGUAAUGGGAAGAACAAGAGCUUUAGUGUUGCAAAUGCUGCGAGCUGCUGCUUGAAAGACCUUUUUACACGUGCUGAGGAACCCGCUCCAAACCGUGACCACCAUGUUCGUUGUGAACCUGCUAGAGACACCACGGGGGACCCCUCUUGUUACAGACACCCCUUUUUUAUCCGAUAAACCUGUGCACUUUUGAUACUUUGAUAUUAUACUUGCUUCCUCACUCCUCAUGUAGAGAUGGUUCUCAGAUGCUGUGGUGUGUGCUCUUGGUCACAUAGCUCACUGUCUUAGCUCUCAGCCUGUUGACUGGAUGUCAGCACGUUGCAAACAUGUGUGCUCCCUGUAGUGUGUAGCUCUAGGCUGUUUAGGUGAGGGCUCGGAGCCAGCAAGGCGCUCGGCUAAUGGAUCCACCCUGUGGGUCAGCAGCCUUCUAGGUUAUACAGCGUGAUGAUUCAUGUUUGAAAUUAUGGAUUUUCAAUGCCAUGUUCAUUAAGAAAUCCAGGGUAUUCAGAUUCUGGGGUUUUUCAUAUUGUAUUAUUAUUAUUCUUAGGAAUAGUUCAAUGUAACAAGAAGAAAACUUGACCUUUGCUCUGGUUAAAACAGUAAUAGGCACUUGAAAAAAAAAACAUAAUAAAUUAUUGAAUGAGAGUAUUACCUGCAAAUUCCAGAAUUUUCUGGGUUUUAGGAUAUUGUGAGGCAUGACUGAUUAACAGGAUUUUAUACAACUGUACCAGUGAAAUUCCAAAUUGGAAUUGUUUUGUUAAUCUGGUUGUUGUGCCAAAUUGUGGUACACUUAGAAAAUUCUACAGUCGUCGAUUUUUAGGGUGUUCUAUUUCAGCGCCUUUUUGUUAGUAAUCACUGCCAGUAGUGCCUUCGUCAUUUAAGGGAGGUGUCCCAGAGUGGUUUAUUCUCUAAAAUGGACAGUGAGGAGCUAGUUGGGGAUUUUCACAGCCAGUGUGAAGCAAUAAGUGUGAGGUGAGCGUGUGCCCUUACACCUUUACCUGGGCAUCUCCGUUGAGAGAAAGAGAACAGAGAUUGUACAAAAUUCUGUUAGUCAGUGAUUCUUUACUCUGCAGAUCUUUGCAAAUUCAGGGGCUUAGAAAAUGAAAACAGCCACAAAACACUUGAGUGUGCUUUGGGAACGAAAUGGACUUUCCUGGAACAAACUAAGCAAUCUGUAUUAAUAACAUGUUUGUGAAGAACCAAGAAUGUGUUAGGAGUAUCAGUGCUCUCUCUUUGCUUCGCACGGUGGUGGACAAGGGUUAACCUUAGUAUUCUUUGCAAAUGUGAAAAUGAGACAUUAAUAUCUUCUCUUGCUUGGUGUGACUAAUCACUGUUAAUUUCAGGAAACAGAAAUCGCUAGCAUUCCUCAGCAAGCCAGGUCAGCAGGUCCUCAAUCCCUGCCCUGUUUGCUGAGGUUUGUGUGAAUGAUUAAAUUGGUACUUGUAGAGGAAGAAGAAAACUGUCUUCUCUCCUCCAAAAAGAAAAAAGUACAAAUUAUAACAAUGUAAAUGACAAGAAUAAAAGAAUUCUGUUUCCUGGAAUAAAUGUUUCUUAUUCCUAGUUGUAGGGACUCCUGUCUUCUGUUACAGUAUUGAUUUAUAAGAAAUAUUGUUACAUUUGCAAUAACUUCACCUCUGUGGGGUAUUUAUUUGCAGUGCUGUCUGAGUGCUGUAUUCUCUGUGCAUUACCCUAGUGUCAGGAUGUUGGUCUUUAUUUUAAGGUCAUGUGCAUGUUCUCCUGCCAAGGGACCUUUACACAGACCUAGACAAACAAACAAGCAAACAAAAAUACUAAGCAAAUGCCUUGAAUUUCAGAGAAAACGAGGCAGAGCAUGAAAAAUGAAUGGGAAGGAGAAAUUCAUGGAGAUUCUUGGCACACAAACAUAUAACUUGAAUGUUUCCAAAGCCAGUGUGCAUAGGAAUGAUGGGCCUGUGUAAAGAGUCGCGGUUGGUAGGACCAGUAAAUAAAAAAGAACAAUAAAAAGACAAAAGGCA